AUGUGAGCAGGGUUCAACUUCAAUAAAUAAAUUAGAAAAAAUGGCUGACACUGACACUAACACCCGACCCAGAACUGAAUUAAAGAAAAGAUUUGAUUUUAUGUUUAAAAUUGUUCUACUCGGGGAUACGGAAGUUGGCAAAACUAGCAUGAUAAGUCGGUUUGUAGACGAUGAAUUUAGUUCUUUAUCCCAUCCAACAAUUGGAGUAGAUUUCAAGUUGAAAAUAUUAGAAAUUGAUGGAUACUUAGUUAAAGUGCAGAUUUGGGAUACUGCUGGACUAGAGAAAUAUGCUUCAGCAAGUGAGAUGUACUACAGAGGGGCAGACGUUUGUUUUCUUGUUUAUGAUACAACAAGCCGAUUAUCAUUGAAUAAUACUCAUAGGAACAGAAUAAUCAAUACAAACUAUUAGCUCAAGUGCCCGGCAUUGCCCGUGGAAUUCUAAAUUCACUUUUUAAAAGAGGUUCCCUAAAAAAAAAAUAUUUUUGAAAAAUAAAUUAAAUUUCUUUAGCCUAUUUGUUACCUCUAGAGUACCCAUGAGCGAAGAGCUCUAUAAUAAAGACAAACGAAUAUUUAUAUGCGCACUCAGAAAUCCAUUAUAAUAUCCUUGCUACCUGAGUGAAAUGUAGACUAAACUAUUAUAUCCUUGCUACCUGAGUGACAUGUAGACUAAACUAUUAUAUCUUUGCUACCUGAGUGACAUGUAGACUAAACUAUUAUAUCCUUGCUACCUGAGUGACAUGUAGACUAAACUAUUAUAUCCUUGCUACCUGAUAUGUAGACUAAACUAUUAUAUCCUUGCUACCUGACAUGUAGACUAAACUAUUAUAUCCUUGCU